AUGAGUACGUCCGAAGACCAUCCUACAGGCAGCUGCAAGGUCUGCAACCGACCGGAUCAUGCCGAAGAUAUGGUCGCUUGUGACUGUUGUGAAAAGUGGUUUCACUUCACGUGUGCAGGAGUACAGGCUUCCAUCUGCAACAAACCAUGGCGUUGUGGUUAUUGUUCAAGUCGAGAUGACGACCGUAAUUCAACAGUGUCAAUCUGCUCGACUACCUCAAGUGCUCGUUUACGAUUGAGGCAGCUCAAAGAAGCGAAAACACUCGAUGAUCGUCUGUUAUUACAACAAGCGGAAAGGGAACGAGCUUAUUUAGCUGAGAAGCACCAACUGGAAGCCGAGAUUCAUACAGAAAUGCGACUAAGAACCAGUACAUCAAGCCGAAUCAGCUGUAAAAGUAGUCACAGUCACAGAACUGAAAUAAAAACCUGGAUUGAUCAGUCUGGAAGCACAAUGGCAGUAAAUCCAAACGCGGAUGCAAAAGCAUCGACACCCGUUAUUUCUAUAGGGAAUAUAGUACAAGCAGAUAAAAACAAAAGUGUAAUAACGCCAGUCCAGUCGAUAUCCACAGGUAUUCGUUGUAGUGUAGUUCCGUCCACGUCAACCAAGAAAGCCGUGGUUGAAUUCAAUAGAAUGUCAACAAAAACGCACGUUCCACCGAUUCCCAUUUCUGGUUCAGCAUACACAUCGCAGCAUAAUGCCGUCCGUCUAGAUCAACAGAAACAACAUCCAUCAGGUCCGUCUAAGCAGCACAUCCCACCGACGAGUCAGUCAGGUCCACGAGAAGGCUCGCAGUUAGGCGCGGAACCUAUAAUGGAAAGUCAAGUUCCUGUUCGGACUGAUUCCGGUGAGCGGAAUCAAUUGGAUAUAUUAUGUAAACAGCGAACAGUACAACAGCAAUUUGGAAAUCGAAACAGCAGUUAUUUUACGCAACCUAGAGGAAACCAAUCGGGAACAUCGUUUAUGCCGUCAUUACCACCAGAAGGCACGCAAUUAGGCGCGGAACCUAUAAUGGAAAGUCAAGUUCCUGUUCAGAAUGAUUCCGGCGAACGAAGUCAAUUCGAUGCAUUUGGUAAACAGCAAACAGUGACGCCACAACUAUUUGACUUGCGACGAGGAAAUAUUAUUUCGCAUCCUAAAGGAAACCAAGCGGGAGCAUCGUUUGUACCGCCAUUCUAUUCUACACAUUGGCCCGUGAAUGAAAACUUGAGUUUUGGUAACAGUCAACAGCAAACUCCUUUCAUGGCUUCAAUUCCCGUGCACCCAUAUACACCGUCGAACUAUUUGAGAUGGUUCGCAAGUGGAGCACCGAAUAUGGAAGAAUCAAAUGCAUCACGUCCUCGGACAAGUGCGACAGCAAGCGCUGAACCGCUUCAGAGCGAACAAGGACGCCCUGAUAGGCAAUCAAAUAUGGGGCAAUCAUCUAAUAAUCACUGUACAUCGGCGACUGAAGGAGUUCUGAAUGCACAGCAAUGGGCAGCACGUCAAGUAGUGUCGCGUGACUUACCAAAGUUCUCGGGUGACCCGCUUGAGUGGCCACUGUUUAUUAAUGCGUUUGAGUCUACUACAAUGAUGUGUGGAAUUCAGCAAGACGAGAAUCUAGCUAGAUUACAAAAAUCCUUAGUGGGAAGUGCAAGAGAAAAGGUUCAGAGCAUUUUAACUCUACCAGCAGCGAUUCCCGAAAUAAUUCAAACAUUGCGAGAUGAAUGCGGGCGGCCUGAACAAUUGGUUCAUUGCCUCCUAGUAAAGAUUCGUCAUGCUCCUCCUCCAAAUAUCAACAAACUUGAUACACUUAUAAAUUUCGGAAGGGAGGUAAAAAACCUGGUGAUUUACAUCGAAGGUGCCAAACUACACGACCAUUUGGCAAACCCCAUGUUACUAUCGGAAUUAGUAGGAAAACUACCACCAAAUUUACGGUUGGAAUGGGGGCUACAUACCCAGAAAAUACCGGAAGUAUCGCUGAAGGCAUUUAGUGAAUACGUUACGGCUAUCAGAACUGCUGCUUGUAAGGUCUUGCUGCCAGACUGCAGUCAUGACGAAGGUCGUCGGAGCAAGAAGGAAAAAGGUGGUUUCGUGAGCGCACAUUCUUUCGGACAGAAUGAUGAAAUUGAGAUACAUUCGAGAAAAGAACACCAAACUAAAACUAAAAACGCCACCUCGAAAUCAUGUGCAGCGUGUAAUGAGAAUGAUCACAAACUGCGGAACUGCGAUAAAUUUAAGAAUUUAAGCCUAGAUCAAAGAAGACAACUGGUGGAACGUUUGAAGCUUUGUCAACAUUGUUUGGGAAGUCACGGUAAGUGGCCGUGUAGAUCCAAACAGUUGUGUGAAAUCGAUGGUUGUAAAGAGUAUCAUAAUAGUCUGUUACAUACAAAGCCAAUUCGCUCAGUUCAACGAACAGUUUCCACUGGUGUUAUUUCCGCUCACUGCUCUAAUCAGGAAAAUAUUCUCUUUAAAGUAAUUCCUGUCAUUCUGUCACAUAAAGGAAAGUCUAUUUCAACCUUCGCAUUUUUGGACGACGGAUCUAAUCUUACGUUGAUGGAAGAAGAAAUCGCUGAAGAGCUGGAGUUGAAUGGAAAUGUCACUCCACUAUGCAUCCAGUGGACAGGAAGUGUGACAAGAAAGGAGUCGACCUCACGUGAGGUUCAAGUGAGCAUUUCGGGCACUCGUUCUCAGCAAUACACUAUUUCAGGUGUUCGCACGGUUCCUCGCCUUGACCUUCCUCAUCAAAGUUUGGAUUACGAUUAUCUAGCCAACAGAUUUGAUCACCUGAAGAGGCUUCCAGUUAGUAGUUAUUCGAAUGCAAUACCUCGGAUUCUUAUUGGUUUGGAUAAUGCGAAACUGAUCAUGACUUUAGACAAACGUGAAAGGCAUUAUCGUGAACCUGUUGCAGCUAAAACACGCCUUGGUUGGACGAUUUUUGGUGGCGAACAAAAAGAAACACAGCAAACCCAUCAUGUAUCGCUUCAUAUGUGCGAUGGCACUACAGAUUUUUUGCUCCAUAAUCUUGUCAACCAAUAUUUUGAUGUUGAAACCGUGGGUGUAAAACCUCUGAUUUCGCUGGAAUCGCCAGAAGAACGACGUGCCAAGCAGAUCUUGUUCGAUACUACUAAGCGUACUGAAUCAGGAAGAUUCGAAUGUGGGUUGCUAUGGAAGAGUGAUACUAUUGACCUACCAGAUAGUUACGCAAUGGCCACGCGUCGUUUAGUUUGCUUGGAGAAAAAAAUCUGUAAAGAUCAAAGCCUGAAAUCGAAAAUCUUAGAGCAAAUUGACGAGUAUCUGCAGCGAGGUUAUGCCCACAAAGCAACAGAGAACGAGUUGCGUAAUUCGGAAAAUUAUCUCGUUUGGUAUUUACCACUUGGUAUUGUUUCUAAUCCUCGCAAGCCGGAAAAAUUGCGUAUCGUGUGGGACGCUGCAGCACGAGUGGGAGAUGUAUCUCUGAACUCAGUAUUGUUAGCUGGACCAGAUUUGUUGACUCCGCUGCUAAAGGUUAUGUUUCAGUUCCGCCAACGGCAGUACGCUGCAGUAGGAGAUGUUCGGCAAAUGUUUCACCAGUUAUUGGUUAGGAAAGAAGACCGACAGGCGCAAAGGUUUCUCUUCCGCCCAAAGCCGGAUCAAGCACCAACAGUUUAUGUCAUGGACGUUGUUAUCUUUGGUGCAUCGUGUUCGCCAUGUCUGGCGCAACAUGUAAAAAACACUAACGCGAAAGAGUUCGAAAAGCUGUACCCUGAAGCCUCAUCGGCUAUCAUUAAUAACACUUACGUUGAUGACUUUCUGGAUAGCCGAGAUACGGUAGAUGAAAUAGUGCGAAUCAUAAAAGAUGUGCGAUACGUUUUCGAUAAAGCGGGAUUUGAGAUACGGAACUGGCAGUCAAAUUCUCAGGAAGUUCUCCGACGGGUCGGGGUUGACGUCUUAGAAACAGCGAAACGUUUUUCAAUAGAGAAGUCAACGUUAGCAGAGCGAGUGCUUGGAAUGUCAUGGAAACCAAAGGAGGAUUUAUUCGUAUUCGCCACACAGUUCCGCGAAGAUCUUCUACCGUUAUUAUCUGGUAACGUCGUACCCACCAAGAGGCAGGUUCUCAGGGUUGUGUUGAGCCAUUUUGAUCCGCUCGGCAUCGUAGCUAACUACACAGUACACGGAAAAAUAUUAAUACAGGACGUUUGGAGAUCCGGUGUAGAUUGGGAUGACCCAAUAAAAAUGGAAAAUUUCGAAAGUUGGCAGCGCUGGGUGAGUUUGAAUCAAAAUCUGUCGAAAGUUCAAAUUCCCAGAUGCUACUUUCCGAACUACAAGUUAAGCAGCUACGAAACACUGGAGCUGCACGUUUUUGUUGAUGCGAGCUUGUUAGCCUAUUGUGCCGCAGCUUACUUCAGGAUUGUUGACGACGGUGUACCCCGCUGCGCUCUAGUAGCUGCCAAGACGAAAGUGACUCCUUUGAAACCUCAGUCUAUACCACGCAACGAAUUAUGCGCCGGUGUGCUUGGUGUAAGACUUGCCAAAAGUAUUCAAGAGCAUCAUUCGAUACCAAUCCAGAAACGUUACCUGUGGACUGAUUCAACAACAGUUCUCUCUUGGCUAAGAGCAGACCCACGGAAAUACCGGCAAUUUGUAGCCUUCCGAGUGGCAGAAAUUCAGACGGAAACCAGUAUAAAAGAAUGGAAGUAUAUCCCAUCGAACCUGAAUCCUGCAGACAAAGGUACCAAAUGGGGAAACGGGCCUUGUUUCGACCCGAGAGACCCGUGGUUCUGUGGGCCAGCAUUUCAACUUCGACCGGAGUAUUUUGUUGCCGCUGAAGCAAGCUUGUGGCGAAUAAUUCAAAAGCAAGAGUAUUUCGAAGAAAUCAAAAUUCUUCACAAGAACGUUGAUAGACCCAAUAGCGAGAAGCAGCCCUUGAAAAUAAGUAGUCCAAUCGGAAAGCUGUCACCAUUUCUAGACGAAAAAGGUGUAGUUCGUAUGCAAAGUCGGAUCAAUAUUACUGCGGCUUACUAUUCCUUCGAUUUUAAGAAUCCGGUAAUCGUUCCUAAAGAAUCCCACGUCACGAAUCUGCUGAUCCUUAAAUACCAUCAACGUUAUGGACACGCUAACGAAGCUAUCGUCGUAAACGAGCUGCGUCAACGGUAUUACAUACCCAAGCUUCGAUUCGUAGUGAAAAAGGUCGUAAAACAGUGCAUGUGGUGCAAAGUCUAUCGGGUGAGGCCGACAGAACCUAAGAUGGCUGCAUUGCCGCACACGAGAAUUACCCCGUACGUUCGCCCGUUCACAUUUACGGGCUUGGAUUAUUUUGGACCGCUGAUCAUAAAGCGUGGACGCAUUAAUGAAAAACGAUGGGUGGCACUCUUUACGUGUUUAACUAUUCGCGCCGUGCAUGUGGAAGUAGUACAUACUUUGUCAGCUGAUUCCUGUAAAAUGGCAAUUCGUCGUUUCGUGGCUCUCAGAGGAGCUCCGCAGCAAAUUUAUAGCGACAAUGAAACAAAUUUUCGGGGAGCUUCUCGCGAACUUGCAGACGAAAUCAAAGCUAUCAAUAGGAAACUAGCCCCAGUGUUUACCAACGCGGAAACUGAGUGGUUAUUUAACCCUCCUUCCUCCCCUCACAUGGGCGGUGUGUGGGAGAGAAAGGUACGUUCGAUCAAAGAUGCGUUGAAAUCUCUUCAUCAUAAACAUCACUUGAACGACGAAGAAUUGAUGACCUUUUUAUCGGAAGCUGAGAUGAUAGUCAACUCGCAUCCUCUGACUUUUGUACCAAUAGAAGAUCCAUCUGAUGAAACCGUGACACCAAAUCACUUUUUACUCAUGAGUUCGAGUGGUGCCAACGUAUCUACAAGAAUAUCCAUAAAGGAAGAAGUACCGCUGCGAGUCAACUGGAGACUGAUGCAACAUCUGCUCAACCAGUUUUGGAAGGGUUGGAUUAAGGGUUACCUGCCCACCAUAGCGCGCAGAACAAAGUGGUUCAAUGACGUGCGUCCGCUUCAGGAAGGGGAUCCGGUGGUCAUUGUAGACGAAGCAGUACGUAAUGGUUGGUUGCGAGGUCGCGUUGUCAAGGUUUAUCCCGGAAAGGAUGGACAAGUAAGAAAAGUGGACGUCCAGACUUCUUCAGGCGUAUAUCAACGACCAGCGAUCAAAGUAGCCCUGCUUGACAUCAUAGAAGGAAGUAAGACCAUUACAGAAUAA